AUGCAUAGUUUUCGAUUAGAAAGUUUUCCAAACGUCUGUCGCAUUUGUCUAGUUUCGAAUAACACAUUCAUCAGGUGUCAUGUGAACGUCGGCAAAGCCCUGGAUGAGCUGAUGGCUGCUGCAAUUCCGGAGCAGCGGCAUCUCGCCCCAUCGGACGUUUGUACGGAGUGUUACGACGAACUGGAAGCACAUCUCGCAUAUCGGAAACGCUUACAUCUAGUGGGAAUGUUUAUAUCCAGCCUUGUACAAGUGCGUCUAGGUAAACGAGGAGCGCUGGAGGGACUCUUGUGCAAACACCAAUCGGAACUUUCAGUGCUUUUGAGAGAACUCAAAAUUACCGAUAAGCCAGUACUUCUCAUACAGGAUUUGUUGACGGAGUUUGGUGAAUAUAAAAUUGCAGCAAUGCCGAUCGAUGGGUUCCACAGUAACCAACAAACAACGGCCACGAUAACGACACUCCCCUGUGUAGGAAGUACUUGUGAAGAGGAAGGAUACGAACGAACUGCAAGUUCUGAAUGCAAAACGCACGAUCUGGAGAAGAUGAAUCCUUCAAGCGCUCUGGUUACCCGAGAAAUGGAUGGUGAUUUCUACGAAAAUUUAGAACCUCUCGAAGAUGUAUGUCAUGAUCAAACGACAGCACCAGUCACCGAGAAAUUGUUCGGACUGGAAAGUGAUAAGCAGAAGCUGAAUGGCAAAUCCCGGCGUCGAAAAGCUGAACAUCAAGGGUGCGAAAAAAGGCGAUUUUUAAAACAUUUUUCUAACACAUUUGAGAUGCAUGUGAAAGUACGCUGAGCUCAUUUUUUCCCCUUUUUUCCACACAGGGAGCAAAGAACCAGCCAAGAUUGCAAGCGAUGUGGCCUUAGAUGCGCAACCAAGCGGGAGUUGGAUCACCACAAACGAUCGGCGCAUCGUGACCACAUGUGCGACACGUGUGGCAUGGCGUUUGAUACGAAGUACGUGCUGGAUACGCAUCGCAAACGGCAUAGCACCGUACGGCAGCACAAGUGCGAGUACUGCCCGUUAGAGUAUUACACCAAGGCGGAGAUGCUGCUGCAUGUCCGGCAGAUACACUUGAAGGCGUUUGAGGUGAACUGUCCCGAAUGUGCGCUCCCGUUUCAAACCAGGCAGACUCUGGCCCAGCACAUGAAGACGCACACGAACCAGCGCACCCACACCUGCAACGUCUGCGGCUUUAGUUUCAAGGCACAUACGCACCUGAAUCGACACAUGAAGGAGCUGCACGAGGGUGUCCAGUACCAGUGUGAGCAUUGCGAUGCAACCUACCGGCGAAAGGACAAGCUGCGGAUGCACGUGGAAAAGAAGCAUAACAUUCAAACAUACUUCGUGUGUGAAAUUUGUCUACAAUCGUACGAUUCAGCCGAUAAACUACAGGAACACAAGGCUCAUCAUCAGUACCCGAAAGAGGGGCAAUGUGGAGUCUGUCUUGGUGCGUACCUGACGCCGGAGGAAUUUGAAGAACAUCGUUGCAUAACAUACAGGGAAAACUACAUUUGCUGUAACCGGGAUUUCAAGUAUCAUUUCUUUUACAACAAACAUCAGUUCCUGGUGCACGGGACAAUGACGAAUGUUCGUGUGAAACCUGUUGACGGAAUUCUGUUGAGCCAGUAUCGAGCGAAACGUAAACAAGCAGAGCGGUGUACCAAAUGUGAGCAGGAAUUUCCCACUCGCCUACAGAAGAAACAGCACAUGGAAACCUGCGAUUCUAAGAUGGACGGGACUUUGCCGUGUGCUAUUCCAGUAGAGUUGAGUUUCGAAAUGGCUGUACCAGAAGCAGUGGAAUGCUCAGAGGGAAUCUGUCACCAAGAUUCAACUAGCUCGUGCACGAAUGCACGAAGAGAUGUUUCUCAUCGGUAUGAGCGGCAGUGAAAGCACAAUCUCUUCUGGCAGAGCAUAAGCCUUUUGCGAUGGUCUCCUUCAGGCGUAGG